GAAGCCCGCUCUAAUUCAACAAGUGCAGUUGGUCACAUUUUGAGGUUAGCCGCUCAGGGAAAUUUGAAUCGUUAAUCAUAAAAAAGAAAAAAGUAACAAUUUCAAAACAGUGGCAAUCUUUUUAAAGACUGUAUAAACAACUAUGGCGUUCCGUGCAACAGUUUUCCAACUAGCCAAGGCGGGCAACAUUGAAGCUCUUCAAGAGAUAGUUCAAGAAACGAGAACAGAAACGAUCCAUCUAGAGUUAGAGAAGUUGAUUCAAACUGAAAAAUUUAACAAAUUCUUGGAAUAUUUAUUUCUCGCAUUUGAUUGUGAUGCUGAGUGGACAGUGACAAAGAAAACUAAGGUCAUUGUAAAGUGUUUAAAGCUUCUGCAGCAAGUACAAAUUGACGAUGACAAACAUCGACAAAUUCUUAAUCAGAUUAGUGAUCAAAUAAAUGGAGGCAUGCUCAAGCCUCAGCAUUUGAUUAAAAUAUGCAAUAUUUUACUCGAAGGAGUUGAAAAACCCAAUAAAAACGACAGUUGGCAAUACUUAAUACCAGGAAUAUUGAAUGAAAUAAGUCUGUGUGAUAAACUUGAAUAUCAAGAUGAUUUAAUGGCUGGAAACGACUACAAUGUUGAAGUUAUAAAAAAAUUAUUAGAGAUGAAAUGGUCUAAGGAUAACAUUGUUUUGCUGGCAGAAAUGUUUUUAAAUGUGGAACUUACACCGGAGGAAAACCGGAGAGUAAUUUCAAAGUUUAUGGGAUGUAUUAAAUGUCUGGAUCCUGAUACAAUUCCACCACUCAUGUACCAUCUUUUGAAACUAGCCUCCUCUAGUGGGCCACAACUUCUGCUAAGCCUUCAACAACACUACGGGGGUAUUAUAUACGACCGCAGGAGUUAUCUCGGAUCGGUGUACAGUGAAUCUUAUAACACGGAUAUGUCAAAUACGGAUCGACUGCACAACAAGUUGAUUGAAAGCGAAGGCAAUGUUUUCUAUCACAUCUCAAGGCUGGUUUCCUGCAAAAGUGUGCAGAAUUAUCUUGAGUUCUUGAAGAACUCGGCUAAACUUUAUGAAAUCAUUUUGCAUCCAUUCAAUUUUACGCUUUUGGUGAUAAUCGCCACCGAACACGAGAUUCCCGAAUUGAUUGAUGUUAUCAAAUCGGCAAUGAUUCGAUAUUAUAUUGAGGAAGAAAUGCGGAACAGAUGCUUUUUCAAUGAACUUAUUUCACAUCAUUGCGAUUUGAGUACCGUAAUAAAACAGGCGAUUGAUAACAGCAGAAAUGAUCGUGAUGUUGUUAUCACAGGCCUGGUUAAUGUGUCAUUUGUAUUGUUAACUUCUAUGCCUCAAAUAGGGAGUGAAGAUGCGUACGCGAAGUUAGGUCGAACCGCAACGUUUAUUUUGAUUCGCAUUGUUGAGAGUAGAACUGAUAUGGUGAAAAGUGUUAUUACCGGUUUGAAGGAUGCUCUAUACAUUGGUCGCAAUGCUUCUUUAAUAAUUGAUUGUUUUGCCAAGAUUGCGACGAAGUUUAAAUAUUUCAUGAUUCAAAACAUGCCGCUAGUGAUGGAGUUUUUCAAUUAUUUUAAUUACAUGUCAAACUAUGAGGCCAAUGCUUUUUUGGAAGUAAUGAUGAACAUGGCGCGCCAUCGCCCUAGCAUCAAAGAACAUGCAAUGGUGAUGCUUCAGAAGUCAUGCUAUGCCAAUAAACUUGAGUCGCAAAUGAAUGUGGUAACAACAUACCUGAAGUUGUUAAAGUAUCUUAAGAUUUCUUCGGGUUCUUCUUUGAGUCAACCUUCCCAAAGUUCACAAGUGUCAAUUUCGACUCAAAUUUCAUUAUCGCGUACUUUUAACUCAUCACAGUGCACGUUCAGCAAUGAGGCAAUUUGCAAAGAGGUCAUCGAAAAUCUGCAACGCGUUUUCCGUUUACAAGUAGAAGCGCAAGUGCAUAUGUUUAAAGGACUAACUGGAGCAGUCGAAGAGAAUCCCGAGCUUAACACCAGCAUUUGGGAUUUCUUAUGGCAAGCGGUUAUUGAAUUACGUAAUACUACGGGGGUGUUACCACCGAUCAACUUCGAAAAUAUCAGCAAACUGGAUGGCAACGAUUGGUUACCGAUUCGGUCCGUGUCACAUAUGGUUAUGGCACUUGCCCAAUUAUUUAUUCAUUUACCUGAAAAUGCAAUUGAGAACUACCGAACAGACUUUGAUAGCAUUGUUUCCGAAAUGAUUAAUUGUGACGUUGAACAUUUUACAUACGACCAAGAUAUCGUCCUGACUGAUGGUUCCGCAGAAGCUCAGAUGCAAAUUUAUGUCUUUCAUGAAGCUCUGAACACAUACGACGCAUUUAUGACUUAUUACAUUCUUUCAUGGUCGCGCGAAUCGGAGAAUCCUGAGCAAGUAAUAAGAAAUUUGUUCAAAGCCCAUAAACGUCUCGGUGAUUAUCUACGACAGUAUCAGAAAAGCAAAAAGAAGGACACGAGUGUAAGCCGGUCUUCCGUUACCAUUUCUUCAAGAUCUGGCACUGGCGGUAAAAAAAUAAAACUGCCAAAUUCUAUUAUGCCGCUUCAUUGUCUAGACAAAGCCAUUGAGCUAUUGUACAGUGAUUCUGUAUCGUGGGCCGGAAGCGCAGAUGUUCUAAAAGUGUUGGUAUCAUUCCAUCAUUAUAUUCUAGAGUCGUUCAUUAACACAGCGCAAACAACGAAACAAUGCAAAAACUUUCCACUAGAUGCAAAACAUUAUUGCCAAAAACAUUUUCAAUCCAUCGAAAAUAAUUUAUUUACCUACUGUGUUUUGAAGCAAGAACAAUUGCGCGAAUUUGAUUGUACAACUGCUGCUUUAACACUAGAAGCAUUUUAUCAAGUUCUAGUCAUAUCACAAUAUAUUAGUGACAAAACCCAGGAAACUUUGUCACAAACCAUUUUUGAGUCUGAUGAAACAAGGUCUAUGGAUACGCAACAAUUGAAGCGUUAUAUAGAAACCUUUCAGGAACUGUUUAACACUUUUGAUGUCACCGAUGACAACGAUAGUAAUCGGAUAAGUGUGGUGAUGGUUAACAUUAUUGCUUUGCUUGCAAAUCAGAUUCCUAAAACAGAUAGAAAUUUUGCAAAUAAGUUAAUUGACUGGAUGAAAAAGAUUUGCCGUGAAAAGACGUUACCAUCAAAAGUGGCUGCGAACAAUUUUGUUGCGUGUCUUAUAAACACAUCAAUGAGAUUUACUUCAUCGGCUGUUGUGUUGCGUCUGAUUGUUUCCGCAUUAGGUUCUACAAUCGGGUGGAUUAAUGGUGAAGCCACCGCAGAAGGUACCGAUAUGGCAAUGAUAAAUGAUAGUAAUUCCACUGUUGUGCUACAAACUGUGCUCAAUGAGUUGAAAAAUCACCAUGAUGACAUCAAUUGGAUUAUAAAACGUAUUAAAUUGGAAUAUGAUUACUUCGUACUUAUAAAUGUAGAUGCAUCGACAGCAGAUCAUCUGGCAGUAAAACGGAAAGAGCGAAAUACGUGCAGCAAACUAAUUGAAGUUAUUACUUUGCUAACAAAUAUUAAUAAUUUGGAUCACAAAAAACAACCUGGGUCUCUGACGGAAAAAAUACUUCAAACAACUAUUUCUAUUUUUAAACUCUUGACCACUCUAGCGAAUUAUUUUCAUUCCACCUCAACACCUUCAAAUUUAGCGUUCCAUGGUGCAAAUUUUGAUGGGUUGGUGCGUCACACAAUGAAGAAACUCGUCCCAGCGGUUUAUCAGCUGAUGCAAUCCAUAGAAGAAUCCUCAGAAGUUCAACACAUUCGCUCAAUACCGAACGUGAUUCUUGGAAUCGAAAGUUUGAAGAAAGCUGUGUUGCAGUUGUCAAUAAAAACUAAAGUUGAAGUAUAUGGCAAUUUGGGCAUUGGAAUUGUUCGCGGUUUUCGGGUUAAAGGACUAGAGAAACACGUGGGGCAACAAGAGGACGAUGAUUCACUAAUGACUGAAGAUAAUGAAGAAAUGUCCGAAAUUGUCGUCCCAACGCCUAGCGCCGAUGAAGAAGAAACUGAUGUUAACGCUAAAAAGCGCAAAAAGAAAUAAUUACUCAUUCAUUUUUAUUUAUUGUUUAAAGUGAUGUUAUAUAAACAUUUUGAAUUUUA